AUGUCAAAGCCAAUCACCUUCGUCCCCUUACCUAACGAGUUCAUUCAUGAGGUUCUCUCUGCCGCUACUCAUGAAAAAGGCCAAAUGCUCAAGAUUGUCGAAGCCACUUGGUCCGGUGAGGUUAACGGCGAAGCCGGGCACUUGAAUGGCACUGCUCAUCCGGUCUGGGCUCAACUGAAGGCAAAGCAUCCUGAGCUUGAGCUCCCGAAGGACAACAAGGCUGCCUUGGAUGCUCUGAAUGCGAGAGCUCCUCAGAAUAAGGUUCUCCCUCCACUCUGUGCUCCAGCGCGUGGUUACCCAGAGUGGCAAAAGGCCACCAUGUUCAAUGCUGAGGUCUGCGUGGGUUAUCUAUUCGGCCUCGAUGCACGAAUCCUCUGGGUCUCUGGCCCCGGAUAUCGUGCCGUGAUUUGCUGCAGUGCUGGGGAUAAAGUGUGGCUCUGCAAUGAUGUAGAACACUACUCGAUCGAGCCCGUCUCACCUUACUUGGGAAGCUAUGCUUCAGAUAUUCCCAAUGACUGCCACGGCGCCAGUAUCAUUGCUGGUGGCCAAAUGUUUGAUACUGACGGCUACAACAUUGUUGUCAAUGGUAAAGGCGGCUGGAAUGGCCCUUGCUAG